AUGGCUAACAACAACUCACUGACCGGUGGGGAACCCUCACUACGAAGCGUUAAUUACAGGCUCAUUUUGGUUCAGAUUUUUGUAUCCCUUUUCCUUUGCAUCAAUGUUUUGCUGAUCACAAUCUUUUUUAUGAAGGAUUUCUUCUACAUGACCAUGCGCUACAUCUUAUUUGCUAUUACAUUAUUGUCUGAUUGUCUGAUCUUGAUUACAACAAAUUUCCUGCUCAUCUUUAGCUAUUUUCAUUUGACCAUGCAAAUGUGGGUAUGUCUCAUUUUCUACUUUUUGUCAUCUGUAUACACAUUUGUCACACCAGUUACUCUGACAGCGAUGACCCUGGAACGCUAUGUGGCCAUUUGCAUGCCCCUGCGCCAUGGAGAGCUGUGCUCCACACGCAGCACUACGCACUGCAUCCUCAUCAUUCACGGCCUCAGCUCUGUGCCCUGCAUUGUUGUUCUCUCCAUCUUCUUUGCAUCAGCCUCUCUUAGCUUCUACAAACAAUCCAGGGAAUGCUCUGUGGAGAUGUUCAUCUUUUACACUUGGCAGGCUCAUUUUAGGUCAGCUAUAAAUCAGUUCUACUUCUUGAUGAUGUGCUUAAUCAUUGUUUUCUCCUAUGUUAAAAUAAUGAAAGUGGCCAAAGCUGCAUCAGGAGAGAAUAAAAAGUCAACUAUGAAAGGGCUCAGAACAGUGGUUCUUCAUGCUUUCCAGUUGCUGCUCUGUCUUAUGCAGCUUUGGUGUCCAUUCAUAGAAAAUGCUGUACUUCAGAUUAAUUUCAUGUUAUACAUUAAUGUCAGGUACUUUAAUUACAUUGCUUUUUAUCUUGCUCCGAGAUGUUUGAGCCCUCUCAUUUACGGCCUUAGGGAUGACAAGUUUUUUCUUGCACUGAAAUACUACGCUUUCGGUGGCUUGUACAAGAAAGAUUUUUUAACUUAA